AUUUCCUUGUUUGACCCCUGGGGUUUUAUGGGUAUUAUGACUCAUACUGUGGUACUCUAUUAAAAAAGAUCUGACCUAGGAGUAAAAUAGUUACACCAAACUGAGAAAUAAUGUAUGAGCACUGUGUGGUUUGUUUUACUUUGUGAUUGAUGCUUGUAAUGAAAUGAGUAACAAGUGAAACAAAGAGCCUGUUUGAUGUCACUGACGUGAAACGCCUCACUGUCAUUGUCACCUCUGUCAGAGAUGAAAGUGAUGCUGAAGCAAGACACCAUGCUCUAUAAAAACACAUAAGAAGUGAAUAAAAAAUAUAUCUUCCUGUAAGUGGAUCCCACUCCAAGGAGUGUAAACAUAGUAGUGUACACCUCUACCCCUCCUCAUUAGUCUUUAAUAAGACAUAAUGUCUCCCACAGAGAGCGAUGGGGAUACGAGUAGGGUGGCAGAAGAAAUAGGACAGGAGAGUAAAUAACGUGGUGAACAGAGUAGCUUUUAGAGAUUUUCAACAGUCAUCUGUAGUUUAAUUAGAAGCGGGGGUGGGGGGUCUGGUCUUUGGAGGAAACACAUUAAAACCAUCUGCUCACUGACUCGGAACACAUGAUCAAAUCCCCAGAGAAGAACAUGCAUGAGCUUGCUCUUUAAUUAGUCCUGUACUCAUAUAAACACCUUUACAUUAUGUAACCCAGAGAGUGCUUCCAGGAUGUGUUUAGAAAAUUAAAUUAAAAUGUCACCUUCGCCUUUAUCAAGGAUUCUUCAGUAUUGGUUGACUUUCUUCAAAGUUUGACUAUUAGUCCAAGGGCCUGUGCAGUCUAAAUUACACAUUCACAUUUUGAGAAUGGAGCAACACUGGAUUACAAAUGUACACAGUCUGGAUUGCAUAGUGCAGAAGAGUAUUGGUGGAACAGGAUGAUUGUUUUGGAAAACUCUAAGUAGAACCAUACAGGGUUCUUCGGUUUGUCCCCAUAGGUUAACCCUUUUGGUGCUGGGUAGAACCCUUUGCAGAGGGUUCUAUCUAGAACCCUCUAAGUAGGGUUCUUCAAAAAACCCACGGUAUAUGGUUAUUUCUAGAACCCACUAUGAACGAUUCCAUCAGCCUUAUUUGCCUUUAAAAUGUUAUUAUCUAUGGCAAUACAUUACAUACUGUGUAUCAUAAGGCCUUUCUUUGAGGGCCUAGUUAUACCCUAACACAGUGGUGUCAGGAAUCUCCUGGUUUACUGGCCACAUCAGGCCUGCAAGUCACAUUAUGCUGGCUUGCAAAGUGAUGUGUAAUUCCUAUUGGAAUCCAGUCAUAGUUAGGAUAUCCAACAAGUGGAAUUGUUAAUCACCCUCAACCUGCAUUCAGUAUGACUGCCAGGUAGGGAAUAUUGAAUACUGAGACUACCUCAUUCAUCUAACCUGGAACAAACAUCUCAGUAAUGGGUGAAAUAAAUCCAACAUAUUGGAUUCGUUUUGAAAACUGUGUGUUAUUUAUUUUUGUGUAGCAAAAAAUGUAUUAACCAAUCAAUGUAAAUGCAAAAACAGAUAUUACACUAACAAUUUUGAAAAUCUCACUGCAAUAGAACAUGCUGGGAAAUAUUAUAUAUGGUUCUAUGUAGAACCCUUCUUGCCUUCCAAAGAAUCCGUAUUGCCUUCCAAAGAAUCAUCAAAGAACCCUUUCUUCCAAAAACGGUUCAUAGGAUGUUAAAGAUUCUCUGUAGAACCCUUUGCCUUACAAAGAACCCUUGUCUUCCAAAAAGGGUUCCUCUGAUCAAAACGGUUCUUGGUAGAAUCUUAUCCCUUUGCAAAGAACCCUUUUGGAACCCUUUUUUCUAACAGUGUAGGUGAAUAAAGCAGUGUUAAGAAUAGAGAAUAGAACAUCAUCACUCUCCCAGUGCUCCCAAUUAGAACAGACAUCUGUUAUUGCUGGAUAAUGACCUGUGCUGCUGUGUGCCUAGGUGACAUACUCCCAGGACAGGAGAGAACAGAGGAGAGCAGUGUAAGGGGCCAGCUGUGCAUGUUAAAACCUCUAAAUUACUUCCUAAUAGCUUCAUCAAGCUGCUUUUACAUCAACAAUAACAAAAACCUCUGCUGGGGUAUGGGAACACUAAGACUGAAUCUUACCCCUUGACUAGUUUUGCCAAAUUAUUACUUUUUUUUCUAUAAUUGAAGUUCCAAUAGAAUAUGACCAUUGAUGGCUGCCAUCUAAAAAAUUGUUUACAGUUGUUCUUAUUCUUGUUUACAUAUUGUAGUGGUUCUUACAUCUUUAGGGGGGGUGGGGUGAGUGUUCUAAUGUUGUCCUCUAAUAAUCCCCACAGACUAGAACAUGCUAUAUAUUGAAAUUACAGGGGCAAUUAACCACAAUGAAUGCUCAAUACUGGGUUCAUGUUUCUUUAUCAAUAGUUGGAGGUAAGAAUAUGCUUCCGCAAUCCUAGUCUAAUAGAGAGUGCAAUAAGUAACAUUUGUUCACAGUUGGUGUAUUCAUAAAUCUGUUUAACAAACUUCAUUUUCUGUCUCUAUUCUUCAGCGUGGUACCCAAGUUAAGUAUCAUGUUGGAUCUCUGUGUCACCAUCAAAGGGAUGUCCUUCCUGUUGCAAACAGGGUUAGGGUUCCUGGGGAACACCCUGGUGCUGCUGGCCUACACCCAGGUAGUCUGCUCUGAGUGCCGACUCCAGCCUGUGGACAUAAUUCUCUGCCAACUAGCCUUCGUUGAUCUGAUACUGAUCCUCACCCGCUGCAUCCCCCAGACAAUGACUGUGUUUGGCCUGCGUGACCUGCUGAAUGACCCGGGCUGCAAGGUGGUUGUCUACUCCUACCGCAUCGCCCGGGCUCUGUCAGUGUGCAUCACCUGUAUGCUCAGUGUGUUCCAGGCAGUGACCAUCGCCCCUGCAGGUGGACCCUGUUUGUCCAGGCUUAAGGCCCAGCUUCCCAGUCUCAUCGUGCCCACCAUCGCAGGGCUGUGGCUCUUCAACAUGGCUGUAUGCUUAGCAGCUCCAUUAUUCUCUAUUGCCCCUCGCAACGGCACAGUGCCUGCCUUCACCCUCAAUCUGGGCUUCUGCCAUGUGGACUUCAGAGACAGGCUGUCCUACAAGAUCAAUGGAGUGGUUGUCUCUACACGGGACUUUGCCUUUGUGGGGCUCAUGUUGUGGUCUAGUGGCUACAUCCUUCUCCUCCUCCACCGUCACAGCCACCAGGUGAGAAGCAUCCGACGAUCAUCCCAGGGUGGAGGAGCUGAGACUAGGGCAGCCAAGACAGUGAUCACCCUGGUAGUGUUGUAUGCUGUAUUCUUCGGCAUAGACAAUAUCAUCUGGGUUUACAUGCUGACGGUAGAUAAGGUGUCUCCAGUGGUAAAUGACAUGAGGGUCUUCUUCUCCUGCUGUUAUGCUUGUCUCAGCCCCUUUUUCAUCAUCAGCUCCAAUAAGAAGGUCAAGAGUAAGUUGGUGUGUGUGGCAGCUGACCAAGAACAGCCAUCAGUCAACACCCAGGACUCCAAUGACAAGAUGUAAAAUGUUACCAAAAUUCUGGGCAGAUUUUUUUUCUUUUUCUGGGGCUAUUAAUACCUCAUGGAUGGUCUUGUGAUUAAUUUGUGUAAUUAUGCCUAUGUAGCCUUGUUGUUAUAGGCAUUUGUGUAUUUGUGUAAAUCAUUGACAGUUUUCAGGAUUUUAGAUUGAACUAGUCAGACCUGAGGUUCGAAACUAUAUUAUCAUUCUAUUGGACAAGCAGGAGCUGUGAAGAUAGACGGCAAAUACAGUAGCAUACAAUACAACA